AUGUACACUCGCAAAGUCUUCGAGGGAACCCUCAAUGCGGAAAUUGAGAUCCAGGAUCGCGAAGAUCCGGUCUACAUCCUUCUUCGGCUCAGACAACCUAGCUCAACGCCGAACAAGGUCUACACAUGCGACUACCCCAUCAGCGGCUUCCCACGCAGAUUUAUCGUGGAGAACGAGAGAAACGCGUCAAGACAGCAAAAGCGAAGGCAAGAGCUGGCAAGACGUCGUGAAGCUGCUGGCGAAGCUGCCGCUUCUCUGCCGUUGCCACGCACCAGCCAAGCAGCCAACCCGAGGUCGUCGUACAACAUCAUUGCUCGUGUACCGUCUUCAGAAAGUCUAACAGAUUCAGAUAGAGAAUGCGAUGAUGGGCUGCUGUCAGAGACCGUUCUGAAAGAGUAUGAGGCGUGGUCGGUUCGAGACUGA